CUGAAGAUGAAAGAAAAAAAGGAUCCAAGUUUAAGACUUGGGAUAGACUAGGCUCUUGUUAAAACAGUCUUAUUUUCCUAACAGGGUGAUAGGCUUAUAGAGUAAGUUGCUCUAACCAUUAGUGGAGGCUGGCACCUUAGAAAAGCUUAAGCUUUCCUGAAAAAUAAAGGGUGGAUUUGAUUUUUAUUUUCUAUUAGAAAUGGGUGUGCAGGGGACCAUGUGUGUCUUGAAGGACCAAAUGGUUCUUUGUUAUUUGUGUUUUAUCAAAUCUAAUCUAGUUUAUUCUUUACUUUACAAAUGAUUAUCAAUACUGGCUCAGAUGACAUGACUUAUUUAUAGGUGGAAUAAGUGUUGUAUUUGAAUCAGAUGGCAAGUUAGUUACAUAGCAACACUGGAGGAAAGUCAGCAAAUGUUUUUCAGAUGAGAAGCAGAGACAUUGAUGUUUUGAUUGAAAUUUUUAGCUUUGGGGUUCCAUCCCAUGGUAAAAAGUUUGUGUAAAGAUAAGAAGUAGAAUUAGAAAGCAUGAAAGCACUCUGCACAAUCUGCUCUGACUUGUUUGAUGGUACAAACAGUGUAAUUGCUUCUCCUUGUGGGCAUACAUUCCAUGAAAUUUGCUUCCUACAGUGGCUUGAAGAGUCUAGAACCUGUCCAUCUUGCCGAACACAUGUUACCCAUAAAAAAAUUGUUCGUUUGUUCUUUGACAUUUCUGAAGAUCUUGAUAAUCAAUCCUCUGAUGCCUUGAAAAAUGAAUUAGAAUCUGUAAAAGUUUCUUUAAAGGCAAAAGAAAUGGAACUAUGGAAAGCAGACGAGAAGGUUAAAUGUAUCCAAGAAUACGUUCGUAAAGCUGAAGCUAAAGCAGAGUGUGAAAAGGACAAGUAUCUUGAGUCAGAAGCCCAGAAGACAGCAUUAAAGUCUCAGUUGAAAGUGUUGACUAAACAGGUAGCUCAGAUUGAGCGAAUAUCAUUGGAAAAUUUGAAUUUGAAGAAGCAGCUGAUACACAUGAAAAAUGUGGAAUUGAUCAUCUCAGGAUCUACACAAGAAGUUGAAGAAAUACUAAACAGUUACAGUGAUGGAGCUGGAGCACUAAAGCAGAUGGCUACAUAUUGUUCCCUCCUUAAAAGGGAAUUGCAGUCCACUACAGAGUCUAAACAGUGUUUAAAAAAUGAUGUAUCAAGACUGAAAAAAGAUCUUGGAUGUAGAACAAGUGCAUUGCAUGAGAAGGAGGCUUAUCUGAAAUCAGCAUUGACUGAAAUUGCACACUUGAAACAAACCAUUGAAAAACUGGAGGGAGAAAAAAAGUAUCUGGAAAAGAAAGUAGUAAUAACAGAUGAUUUGUUCUCAAUGUCAAACAAUUCAUCUUCUUCUCUUUCUCUAGUCAAAAGUCCUGAAAGUGCAAGUGUUAAAAGACCACGAUUGACAAAUCCAGAAAACAUUGACUUUUCUACUGAGAAGUUUUCCCCAAAUCAUCUAACUAGAACAUCUGUGAAGAAGCUUAAGAUGCAUGUUUCUUCUGUUAAUCAAUCAUGCACACCUGUAAUUAGUGUCCAUCAGCCUCGUGUAACUGAAAAUAUCUUCAAACCUUUAAGAUCAAUACAGCCUGAUGAAGAGUCAGUUUUGAGGAAAGGCUACAAUGGAUUAGGAGGGCAUUCUACUUUUGUAUGCAGAUCAAGGAAUAUGUUUAUUAAAUCUAAACCUUUAAUACGAAGAAAACCAUCUUCUAAGGAACAGGCAAACCAGAAAAACACCUUGGACCAGUUCAUGUAACAUAAAAGUAUUAUUUCAUUUAGCUAAAUGAAUGAAGAUUUGUGACAGAAUCGUAAAGUAAGUUAUUAAGGUCACUGCAUUCAAAUUAGUACGAGUGACCAUUUGUAAGUACUCUGAAAUUGCAACAGAAGACAAAUACAUUUCCAAGACCAUAUAAAUUUUUAAUCUCUCAUUAAAAAAUGUGAAAUGUUUCUAUAUAUUUAGAAUCUUAAGUAUUUUUAGUCUUGACUACAUUCAUCUUAGGUUGUAUCAGAUAUCUCUCUCAAUUGGUGCUUUUACCAGUGGCUUGAUUAACCAUACAAGAAUGUAACAUUAGUGGUCUAAAAAGUUUUAAUUUGUUUGAAAAUUUCUAAUAAAUGUUGUAGUACAAGUGUAAA